AUGCCUUUAACUACCAAACCAUUAUCUUUGAAAGUCAACGCUUGUUUAUUUGAUGUCGAUGGUACCAUCAUUAUCUCUCAACCAGCCAUCGCUGCCAUGUGGAGAGACUUCGGUAAAGACAAACCAUAUUUUGAUGCCGAACACGUCAUCCACAUCUCUCACGGUUGGAGAACUUUUGAUGCCAUCGCCAAAUUCGCUCCAGAUUUCGCUAACGCUGAAUACGUCGAAAAAUUAGAGGGUGAAAUCCCAGAAAAAUACGGUGAACACUCCAUCGAAGUCCCAGGUGCUGUCAAGUUAUGUAACGAUUUGAACAAAUUACCAAAGGAAAAGUGGGCUGUUGCCACCUCUGGUACUCGUACCAUGGCUACCAAAUGGUUCGAAUUCUUAGGUAUCAAGAGACCAGAAUACUUCAUUACCGCUUCCGAUGUCGAAAACGGUAAGCCACACCCAGAACCAUACUUAAAGGGUAGAAACGGUCUUGGUUUCCCAAUCAACGAAAAGGACCCAUCUAAAUCUAAGGUCGUUGUCUUCGAAGAUGCUCCAGCUGGUAUCGAAGCUGGUAAGGCUGCUGGUUGUAAGAUUAUUGGUAUUGCCACCACUUUCGAUUUAGACUUUUUAAAGGAAAAGGGUUGUGAUAUCAUCGUCAAGAACCACGAAUCUAUUAGAGUAGGUGAAUACAACCCAGAAACCGAUGAAGUUGAAUUGAUCUUCGAUGAUUACUUAUAUGCCAAGGAUGACUUAUUACAAUGGUAA